UGUGCAUAAGAAUAUAUUAAUUAAUGUAUAAUCUGGCUUGUCACUUGUUUCGUUAUCAGUACAUGUAUAUAUGGGACUUCACCAGGAGAAGAAUUGGCAAUAACAAUUUAAUUUAAAAAGGACAAUGACAGAGUUUUCUGAUAAAGUUAACAUUACAAUUUGUGGUGGCGGGAAUGGUGCCCAUACUCUGGCAGGAAUAUCAUCUCUGGUUCCCAACGCUUGCGUUACUGUUGUUGACGUGUUCGAAAACGAGGCUGAAAGAUGGACGAACGCUUUGGCCAAUUACGGUUUCACUGUGAGGUUCAGCAAAGACGUAAUGUUACACCAGAAGCCGGGGAAAGUCAAAUUCCGUGUAACAAACGAUGUGGAAAGCGUUGUUCCCCAUUCAGACAUUUUAAUCAUCUGUGUCCCGGCUUACACGCACGAAAUUUAUCUAAAUCUUAUAUCACCUUACGUACCAGAAACGUGUCCAGUUGUAGGAAUGCCUGGUCAACCAGGCUUUGAGUAUCAAGCAUUGACCAUCUUGCAGGAACACGGCAGAAAAUGUAAAGUAAUGUCUAUUGAAACGCUUCCAUGGGCAUGCAGAAUAUCCAAGUAUGGACAGGAAGUAGACGUUGUCGGGACAAAAGAAGAAGUUUGCUAUACUCUGAUCGACAAGCUGUCAAAGGGCAAUCCGUCCAAAAGGUUGGAUCCUGUUUCGGUGCUUCAAACAAUAUUAGGCAAGAAACCCCAACUCGCCAAAGAGGAGAAUAUGCUGAAGUAUACUUUUCUCUGUAGGCCGACCAUUCAUCCUCCGAUAAUGUAUGCACGAUGGAAAAAUUGGGACGGUAAGCCUUUGGAUAAGCCGCCAUUAUUCUACCAAGGAGUUGAUGAAGACUCAGUUAGGUAUAUGGACGGCGUCACGGAUGAAUCUGUCAAGAUUGCCGCUGCUGUUACAGAGAUAUUUCCAAGCAUGGAUUUCUCGGGAGUUUCAACGAUGCAAGAAUGGUUACUGGAUCAUUACACAGAUCAGAUCACCAACAAACAGACGCUCCUGACUUGUUUACAGACAAACAAGGCGUAUGAUGGCCUUUUACACCCAACAACAAAAACAGCCGAUGGUAAGUAUGUGCCGGAUUUCACCUACCGCUACAUUAGAGAAGAUGUUCCCUAUGGAUUGAUAGUGGUACGUCAAAUAGCCGACUUCGUUGGAGUGGAAACGCCAGUAAUUGACGAAAUCAUCUUGUGGGCACAAGAAAAGCUGGGAAAACAGUUCAUUCAACAUGGAAAGCUGUGCAAACUGGACCGUACCGACGGCAGACUUCCUAUGACCUAUGGUAUUAAUACAAUCGAGGAUUUUUUCAACUUUUUCAAAUAGCAUCAGUAUAGAAGUUCAACUCGUGUUCGUUCGGCCAUUGAAAUUGUAAUUACUUAUAACUAUACAAAAUAAUUGUGAAUUACUCCAUAUACACUUUAUUGGCUAACAAAACAGAUAAUACUAUAUGAGAAAUGAGAUUUGUUUUUGUUAAACAAUUAAGUCGCUUAGUUACAGUUAAAUAUCGAAUCGGAUAUUGUACAAGAAAAUUAUUAUUCAAGUACACGUACUUAUUAUAAUUGUAAAGAACGGCGUGUAGCGCAUGAUGUUUUCGUUUACUCGUGCCUGCAGUUGUUUUUUUUGUUGUUGUUGUAAAAAACAGAACUGUCUUCCCAUAUUACAUUACACAUAGGCUAGGCAUGAAAAUUUUGCAAAAAAUGCCUUUGUUUUAAUACUUUCUACGACCCAAUGUAUUAUAUAAUCUCUACCAGAGUAUCACUAAUAAAUUCCUGUUCGUAUUGUCUUAUACAAGAAGUUAAUUCCCUAGGAAAUCACCAAUAGUGCUCACAUGCUUGGCGUACUGUAACGUAUAAAGCACAUAAACCCUGUUGGUGAAAAGUUAGCUUACCACCAAGAGUGGUUUGUGUUUGUAUAUGUGAUGUGGGAAACAUUUUUAAUAAUAAUUUACCAACUUGAGUUUUUUCAUAUCAUUAUUCUUAUUAUUAGUAUUGUGACGUUUUCUUAACGUUGUGACAUUACUUUUUUGAGAAAUUUGUUUUAAGACUUGGCAUGGAAAAUUUGUGGUUACGGCAACUUUGGUUUGGCAGUUGUUUACAUUUUACCACACUGGCCACCAAAUGAGACACACAAACCCUGUAGAUGAAAAGCUAGCUUUUCACCAACACGGUGUGUGUGUGCCUUAAAACGUUACAGUACUUAGUGCAGAAAAAUAAGUUUGUGUGCCUUAAAACGUUACAGUCCUUAGUGCAGAAAAAUAAGUUUGUGUGCCUUAAAACGUUACAGAACUUAAUACAGAAAAAUAGAAUCGAACCAUUGGUUACAUUAAGCCUUCAUACAUGUCACCCUAUUGUCCUCUCUAACAUUAAGUCAUUGUUUAAUAAUAAUUGUAUAGGCACAUUGUGUGCCCAUCUAGAGAAACUUGAAAGAAUAAUACCUUUUCGUUAUUGUCGAAUUGUUAGUACUUUUACCUGGCUUUUAUUGUAUAAUAUGAUAUAAAUAGAUUGACUUUUCCUUUAGAAUGGAUUUAAAGUAUUUGUCUCAAUUUAAAGAAUAUAUGUAUCUUAUUCAACUUGAAUUGCAUUUGUAUAAAUUCAUCUUGGAAUAUUAAGUAAAAAAUGUUAAGAUUU